GGAUUAGAUCAUCACUGCUCCCACUCCAAGUCCAAAUACUCUCCAAUUCUCAAGCCCCGUGGAGAAGUUGAGAAUACGCGGCGCCAAGGCCGUCGUGCACCUGUACUAGAUUGAGCCUGGGGCCUAGUCAUACGGGACUCACGCACAGAUUGAUAUGCCAUAAAAAACUACCUUAGAGAGAGAGAGAGAGAGAGAGAAGACACCAGAGGGAGGCAGAAGGCCAACACAACCGUUAAAAGCAUAAACGAAGAAGAUGAGAACAGAAAAGAAAGGCAACCCAGUAUUUAUGGAGAUCUUGAUAAGAUUUUGUGUUAAGCAGUCACAUAUAGUAAGCACAGCCUAGCAUUAGUAGUAUUUACAUAUAAAAGGAUAGCCUCUCUCUGUGUCUCUGUGUGUAAUACACAAAAUCAGAGAUUGGCAAUGGCUUCCGACCUCUCCUCCAUACUUCCAAGGGUACUCAUCGUCUCCCGACGAAGUGUUCGCAAGAACAAGUUCGUUGAUUUUGUGGGUGAAUAUCAUCUUGAUCUCAUCGUCAGUUAUGGAGCGGUGCCAGUAAUUGUUCCCAGGGUCGCCGGAGUUCAUACCUUACUUGACAGCUUUGAGCCAAUCCAUGGAGUUCUACUCUGUGAGGGUGAAGACAUCGAUCCUUCACUCUACGAUGCCGAGAUUUCUGGGCUUUCACCAGAAGAAUUAGAAGAGAUUAGGAGCUUGCAUGUGAGCGACACAUCAAUUGAUCGAGAAAAAGACACAAUAGAAUUGAGACUCGCAAAGCUCUGCCUUGAAAGAAACAUACCUUACUUGGGAAUCUGUAGGGGUUCACAAAUCCUUAAUGUUGCUUGUGGGGGUUCCCUUUAUCAAGACAUUGAGAAAGAACUCUCCAAAUAUCUUUCAGGACAGAGAGUCGUUCACAUUGAUUAUGACAACUACGAUGGGCAUCGUCAUAAGGUGAAUGUGGUGGAAAAUACCCCAUUGCAUGACUGGUUCAAAGAUUCUCUGGAGGAAGGGAAGAUGGAGAUUCAGGUUAAUAGCUACCAUCAUCAAGGUAUCAAGAGAUUAGCCCAGAGGUUUGUUCCGAUGGCUUUUUCUCCAGAUGGUUUAGUUGAAGGGUUUUAUGAUCCUGAUGCGUAUAAUCCUCAUGAUGGGAAGUUCAUAAUGGGACUCCAAUUCCAUCUAGAGCGUAUGAGGCAUCCUGAGUCAGAUGAAUUCGAUUAUCCUGGUUGCCCAUCAGCAUAUCAGGAAUUUGUGAGGGCAGUAAUUGCUUACCAGAAGAAACUGAAUAGCUCAAUAAGUUUAACAAAAGGUCUGAAGCUUGACAAAGAGAUGGAAAAGAAAAGAAGCAUUAUAGUUCGAAGUUUCUCGAUUGCCAAAGAGAUGUACAUUGCAGGGCGUGAGAUGCCUUCAGAUCAUAAGUGUGACCUUGAAGCUGGAGCUGAAUUCCUACAGUCGAAUAAGGCUCUGAGCACACAACAAGAGAAGAGGUUGAAACAGAUGGGUGCAACGGUUAGGAAUGCUCAUCUGUAUCUAGAGAGAUUGAAGUUGAGUGAGGAGAGGGAGAAGCUAGCCAGGAGUGUAAUGGGGAAGAUGACAAUAGAGCAGUUGUCUGAUCUCACGUCCUUCUACCAAAUGAUGGGGACAAUCUGUUCAGAGGUUUUAGAUAAGAAGGUUGAGUGCCUUCUCAAUUAGAUUAAUUGUUUUAUCUUCUUCUUUUUCUUUUCUUUUUUCCCUCCUUUAGUACAGGAGUUCUGUG